AUGGAUCAAGCAGUAUACGAAAAUCUUUCACACGCUCUUUCUUCAGAUCAAAGUGUACGUUUAACAGCAGAGGCAAGGCUAAAAGAGUUGGAAAAACUUCCAGCAGCAAUUAAUCUGAAAAAUUAUGUCGCGACGCAUUGGUCGUCUUUAAAUGAUAAAUUCAUAGGACCAGAGCCAGAUUUUGAGAUAAAAGCUGUUGUACGCGAAUUAGCAUUUAAUGGAUUAUCCGUUCCUUCAAGUAAAAUUCGCGUCGCUUCGGCUUACGUUGUAUCAAAAAUUGCGAGCAAUGAUUGGCCUGAAUAUUGGCCGGAUCUUUUGGACUUAUUAAUAUCACAAUUAAAGUCUGGUUCUCCAGAUCAGAUCCAUGGUUCUAUGAGACAAUUUUCUCAAGUAACUCCUUUAUUGCUGCCAGAGCUUUCAAGAAUUUUGCAAUCUGAAGGAAUUCAUUCUUACAGAACUCGUGGACGUGCAAUUGCGAUAUUUAAACAAUGCAUAGAAAUAUUGGUUAUGCUUAAAGAAGAACAUCCGGAAGCAAUCGAGCCUUUUCUAAAGCCUAUAUUACCCGAAUGGUUGGAAAACUUUUCGAAUAUUUUGAAGAUGCGAACCAUCGGUGACGAUGAACGUGAAAAUGAAGAGUUGUUUGAAUUAUUUAAUAAAACAUUUCCCGAAACUACUUUCUGGUUAUCUUCUUAUGUUAUUGGAACCGAUAUGGCUGGAUUUGAUUCAUCAACGGGAUAG